AUGUAUAGCAAAGUCGAUACCCGAAAAUCAGGUUGUAAAAGUUUUGCGAUUACAACUAAAUUGUUUUCUAUAAAACGAGAUAAAAAGAAAAAACUUAUGAAAAGAAAUCAUGACGAUAAUAUCCACGAAGAGGCAAGUGCAGUAAAGGCUAUGUAUUGUGAUCUUAUUAAAAUAUUACCUUCAACACUGAAAAAUGCUACAUUGAAUAAAUAUGAUUUAUUAGACUCCUCUACUGUAAGAGAUUUGUCUAAACAAUUAUUUGAGUCUACAAAAUUUGACCAUAGUGGAUUGAGUGGUGGGAAUAAUUCCGAGACUCCAGUAAUGUGUGAUAUAAAAGGAGAACAGUUUCUUAUUCCAGCUAAAUGUAGAUUCCUGUGUGGUUGUGUCAAAGAGCAAUGUCAAAAGCUACAUGGAAAUAAAUAUGAUAUUGUUAUAGCUGACCCACCAUGGUGGAACAAGUACAUUCGGAGACUGAAGACAGCCAAUGAUAAAAUGGGUUACUCCAUGAUGUACAAUGAAGAUAUAGCCUCAUUACCCAUAAGCAAUGUUCUAGCGGAUACAUGCCUGAUAGCUGUUUGGUGUACGAAUUCACCAAGUAAUAUUUCCGCUGUAAAAAAUCUAAUUUUUCCUAACUGGGGUGUAGAAUAUGUGACUACUUGGUUUUGGUUGAAGCUGACUAUCGAUUUGGAACCACUGUGCGAUUUUGGUAGUGGAUCACAGAAGCAGCCCUAUGAAAGAGUGUUAAUCGGUCGAAAGGGUAACAUUAAAGUGAAUGAAGAUGUGUUAUUUGCAAGUGUUCCUAGUUCUUUGCAUUCUCAUAAGCCACCAUUGUUAGAUAUCCUGUCACCACUUCUGCCGAGAGAAGAACCACGAGUGUUAGAAUUAUUUGCGAGAUACCUCUUGUCAAACACCACCAGUGUUGGUUUUGAACCAUUAAAAUGGCAACAUUUGUCCUUAUAUGAGAAUACAUGA